AUGGUAAUUUCUGGUGGAAAUAGUAAAUGGAUGGCUACUUUAGUCCAAACUGUUGCCUUCCCAGUCUUAUACAUUCCGUUCUAUAUAAUUCCUUCACCUCUAGAGGCUCCAACUUCUUCUAUUUCAUCUUCCAUCAAAAUUCUAGCUUUGAUAUAUUUUGUUUUGGGAGUCUUAAUUGCUGCUGACAAUAUGAUGUAUUCCAUUGGACUCUUAUACCUCUCUGCUUCAACCUAUUCAUUGAUUUGUGCAUCCCAGUUAGCUUUUAAUGCAGUUUUCUUAAUAUUUUAUCAAUUCUCAAAAGUUCACAGCUUUGAUUGUAAAUUCUUCAGUGUGUCUUCUCUCUACUCUAAUGUUACCAGCACUGUCUCUUUGGCUGUAACUCCUAUUGCUUCUGUUAUAGUUUUGCAUGAUAAUAUGAAUGGCGUGAAGAUAAUUUCUAUGCUUUUGGCUCUCUGGGGUUUUGCCUCCUAUAUCUAUCAGAAUUACCUUGAUGAUUCAAGGGCAAGGAGUGCACAAGCUGUUGCUCCUUAG